ACCGGUCGAGACAUUUAUUCUGAAAUAUCGUGACCCGGAAGUGCUUGUUUUUAGUGUUUACCAGGCGCUGUUUUGAAAAGUGCCUUUUACGUUUCUGACAUUAUUUAGUAAAUGUUUGUUUUAAUUGAUAAAUCAUGGCAAUGUCAAUGGAAACCCAGCUCCAGAGCAUAUUUGAAGAUGUAGUGAAAACCGAAGUUAUUGAGGAAGCCUUUGCGGGCAUGUUUAUGGACACGCCUGAGGAUGAGAGAACAAAACUGAUCAGUUGUCUCGGCGCCUUUCGUCAGUAUUGGAGCACGCUCCCCCCGGACUCUCAUGAUCUUUGCGUGCAGUGGAUCGUCCGGUUCAUUCAUGGCCAGCACAGCCCCAAACGGAUCUCGUUCCUCUACGACUGUCUUGCCAUGGCUGUGGAAACCAGCCUGUUACCUCCCAAGAUGGUGUGCCAGGCCCUGAUCAGUUCAGAUAACCUGGAGUGGGAGCGGACACAGUUAUGGGCCCUGACCUUCCGACUCAUCCGGAAAAUCAUCGGUGGCGUGGAUUACAAGGGAGUUAGAGAUCUUCUGAAGGCUCUGCUGGAUAAAAUUCAGACGAUCCCCAACACUGUUAGCUCAGCGGUUGUCCAGCAGCUGCUAGCCGCACGAGAGGUGGUGGAGUACAUCCUGGACAGGAACGCCUGCCUCCUGCCUGCCUACUUUGCCAUUACAGAGAUCAGGAAACUCUAUCCUGAGGGGACGUUGUCCCAUUGGCUCCUGGGCAGUCUCAUUUCAGACUUUGUUGACAGCUUUCGUCCCACUGCGAGAAUUAACUCCAUCUGUGGGAGAUGCAGCCUCCUUCCAGUGGUCAACAACUCUGGAGCGAUCUGCAACUCCUGGAAGUUGGACCCCACCACGUUACGCUUCCCCCUCAGAGGCAUGCUGCCCUUUGAUAAGGACCUGUUUGAGCCACAGACAGGGCUGCUGCGCUACGUCCUGGAGCAGCCCUACUCUCGAGACAUGGUCUGCAACAUGUUAGGUCUCAACAAGCAGACCUUGAACAUUGCUCAGCACAAGCAGCGCUGCCCGGUUCUGGAGGACCAGCUGGUGGACUUGGUGGUGUACGCCAUGGAGCGCUCGGAGACGGAGGAGCAGUUUGACGACGGCGGCACCAGCCAGCUCCUGUGGCAGCACCUCUCCAGCCAGCUCAUCUUCUUCGUCCUCUUUCAGUUCGCCAGCUUCCCACACAUGGUGCUCUCCCUUCACCAGAAGCUGGCCGGUCGAGGCCUGAUCAAAGGCAGAGAUCACCUGAUGUGGGUGCUCCUCCAGUUCAUCUCCGGCAGCAUCCAGAAGAACGCCCUGGCUGACUUCCUCCCCGUCAUGAAGCUGUUCGAUCUGCUCUACCCGGAGAAAGAGUGCAUCCCGGUGCCAGAUAUCAGCAAGCCCCAGUCGACCCACGCCUUUGCCAUGACGUGCAUCUGGAUCCACCUGAACCGCAAGGCCCAGAACGACAACUCCAAGCUGCAGAUCCCCAUCCCCCACUCCCUGAAACUACACCACGAGUUCCUCCAGCAGAGCCUGAGGAACAAGUCCCUGGGGAUGACGGACUAUAAGAUCGCCCUGCUGUGCAACGCUUACUCCACCAACUCCGAGUGCUUCACCCUGCCCAUGGGCGUCCUGGUGGAGACCAUCUACGGCAACGGCAGCAUGCGCAUCACCCUGCCCGGCACCAACUGCACGGCGUCUGGCUCCGUCACGCCGUUACCCAUGAACCUGCUGGACUCCCUCACCGUCCACGCCAAGAUGAGCCUGAUCCAUAGCAUCGCCACGCGAGUCAUCAAGCUGGCCCACGCCAAGUCCAGCAUUGCCCUGGCCCCAGCCCUCGUGGAGACCUACAGCCGACUCCUGGUCUACAUGGAGAUAGAGUCCCUGGGCAUCAAAGGAUUCAUCAGUCAGCUGCUGCCAAACGUGUUCAAGUCUCACGCCUGGGGCAUUCUUCACACUCUGCUGGAGAUGUUCAGCUACCGCAUGCAUCACAUCCAGCCCCACUACCGCGUCCAGCUUCUCAGCCACCUGCACUCCCUGGCCGCCGUGCCCCAGACCAACCAGAACCAGCUGCACCUCUGUGUGGAAAGCACGGCUCUGAGGUUGAUCACAGCUUUGGGGAGUUCAGAGGUUCAGCCUCAGUUCACCCGCUUCCUCAGUGACCCGAAAACUGUGCUGUCGGCUGAAUCUGAGGAACUCAACCGUGCCCUCAUCCUCACCCUGGCCAGGGCCACCCACGUCACAGAUUUCUUUACAGGUUCUGACUCCAUCCAGGGCACGUGGUGCAAAGACAUCCUGCAGACUAUUAUGAACUUCACUCCUCACAACUGGGCCUCCCACACGCUCAGCUGCUUCCCUGCUCCUCUGCAGGCGUUCUUCAAACAGAACAACGUUCCCCAGGAGAGCCGCUUCAACCUGAAGAAGAACGUGGAGGAGGAGUACAGGAAGUGGAAGAGCAUGACCAACGAGAAUGACAUCAUCACCCACUUCUCCAUGCAGGGCUCACCGCCUCUCUUCCUCUGUCUGCUGUGGAAGAUGCUCCUGGAGACGGACCACAUCAACCAGAUCGGCUUCAGGUACACCACAAAGGUUCUGGAGAGGAUCGGAGCACGAGCCCUGGUGGCGCACGUCAGGACUUUCGCGGACUUUCUGGUCUAUGAGUUUUCCACGUCAGCCGGUGGCCAGCAACUCAACAAGUGCAUUGAGAUCCUCAACGACAUGGUGUGGAAAUACAACAUAGUUACCCUGGACAGACUCAUCCUGUGUCUGGCCAUGAGAAGUCACGAGGGAAACGAGGCCCAGGUCUGCUACUUCAUCAUCCAGCUCCUCCUCCUCAAGCCAAACGACUUCCGCAACCGCGUGUCCGACUUCGUCAAGGAGAACGCCCCCGAGCACUGGCUGCAGAGCGACUGGCACACCAAGCACAUGACCUACCACAAGAAAUACCCUGAAAAGCUCUACUUUGAGGGUCUGGCAGAGCAGGUGAAUCCACCAAUGCAGCAACAAUCCCACUACCUGCCCAUCUAUUUUGGAAACGUGUGCCUGCGCUUCCUGCCCGUCUUCGACAUCGUCAUCCACCGCUUCCUGGAGCUGCUGCCUGUUUCCAAAUCCCUGGAGACCCUUCUGGACCACCUGGGAGGACUGUACAAGUUCCAUGACCGUCCGGUGACCUACUUGUACAACACACUCCACUACUACGAACGCCACCUGCGUGACCGCACCAACUUAAAGAGGAAGCUGGUGCACGCCAUCAUGAGCUCUCUGAAAGACAACCGCACGCCGGGCUGGUGCCUGAGCGAGACGUACCUCAAGUGUGGCAUGAACCCGCGUGAAGACAACAUCUGGAUCCCGGAUGACACCUACUACUGCAAGCUCAUCGGACGACUCGUCGACACGAUGGCUGGCAAGUCCCCCGGCCCCUUCCCCAACUGCGACUGGAGAUUUAACGAGUUCCCCAACCCAGCCGCCCAUGCCCUCCACGUCACCUGUGUAGAGCUGAUGGCCCUGGCAGUGCCCGGCAAGGACGUGGGCAACGCCCUGCUUAGUGUCGUUCUCAAGAGUCAACCCCUGGUUCCUCGGGAGAACAUCACCGCCUGGAUGAACGCAAUCGGCCUGGUGAUAACCGCCCUGCCUGAGCCCUACUGGGUGGUCCUGCACGACCGUAUUGUGAAUGUACUGGGCAGCCCGUGCCUCACCUCCGAGACGGACUGGGUCGGAUACCCCUUCGCCCUGCUGGACUUCACCUCCUGCCACCAGUCCUACUCAGAGAUGUACUGCAGCUACGUCCUGGCCCUGGCCCACGCGGUCUGGCACCACUCCAGCAUCGGACAGCUCUCCCUUAUCCCCAAGUUCCUGUCUGAGGUGUUAAAGCCCAUCGUGAAGACGGAGUUCCAGCUCCUUUAUGUCUACCACCUGGUGGGGCCUUUCCUGCAGCGCUUCCAACAGGAGAGGACCCGCUGCAUGCUGGAGAUUGGAGUGGCGUUCUAUGAGAUGCUCCAGGCUGUAGACCAGCAUAGUCAACACCUGUCCUACAUGGACCCAAUCUGUGACUUCCUCUACCACAUCAAGUACAUGUUCACUGGGGACAGCGUCAAAGACCAGGUGGAGAAGAUCAUCAUGACUCUGCGUCCAGCCAUGAAGUUGCGUCUUCGGUUCAUCACCCACAGCAGUAAGACGGAGCCGGCGACCUCCACAGCUGCUUCCACCAGUGCCCCCCAGCCGACCUCUUCAGUGUCCUCUCCUGCCCCUCAGAGCAACCCUGGCUCCUCCAACGUUCCCCUGUCCGUAGCCCAAUAACAGCUCUGCGUGCCCUGUGCUCGUGGUCCCACUGUCCCAGGGUUCAGCGGCUGGAGGACUGACAUGGGAAAACCGGUCGAGUGUGGCGGUCCGGGUUGCAGACAGACUGUGUGACCCUGAGGGUGUUGUUUAACAUGCAACGGCGUGUCCCACUGUGUUCAGCGCCGAGGCGGUCCAGACUAGGGUUAGGCCAGCAACCACGCCGAGACAUGAACCGAUACACACAAACAGACUUCUUGUUUUGUAACCUUUAGUUUUAUAGUGCUUUUUUUUUUUUUUUUUGGAACGUCUUGUUGAGAAGUGUGAAAGGAAGAGAUCAGUGUUUUUUCUCUGCAAUCGUUGGUCUGCUUGAGUAUGUAUAUAAAAGACAAGGGUUGAAUUCUUCUUGUAAUAACAUGAGACGCUCCAUUGCCUUGUGACUCCCCACUUAAUCAUGAAAGAGGCGAUUUAUGUUGUAUUUUUCACAUGAAGUAAAGCAACAAUAAAAGGUCUUAGUACUGUGCAGUCUGUUUUUGAUAGUUCUUCUGAUCCUUUGUGUUAUCCUGUACUAUGCAGAGGGGUUCUUUACUCUGCCAGCUUAUGACCUCUGCCAGAUGUCUCUAUGUUGUAAUAGCGAGAUGCACGCACACAAAGGUCAAAUGAGGGUCAGCUACUUGAUCAAACUCCUGUUUACAGACUGGGGAGGCUUAGGGGUGUUUGGAACUCCAUCUCCACAUUGUCGGAGUGGACUCCCUCCACAGGGAGAUGACAACAUGGGAAUGGAUUUUAAUGAAGACUGGCCGUGGUUUGGAGGACCUCCUUUACAAGCCCUUAAGCAGAAGACUUGAAGUCAUGAAGUGGAUGGAAUUGAGUGAUUGUAAUUGCCUUGUGAAUUACCUUGCUCUUUUUAGGUUGUUUUAAAUGGUUAUGCUAUUAUCCCCUAAUGUUUCAGUGAGGGUCUCACUGCCUGUGUUUUUUUUUCUUCAUUCACUAGUUGUGAUAAAAAGUCCUUCAGACCUAAUUUGUGUUACUAUGCAAAGUACAUGCCAUCCUAUCUUUCAUAAGUUCCAGUUUAAUUUGGCUGCAAUAGACUGAAUCAAACAUGCCUUAAUUGUCACUGCCUUCAUACUGCCUUUAGUGAAAGUAGCUUCUUUUAAUUAUACAUUGUGCAAGCGGUCUAUGAAGAUAUUACUGAGUUGGAGAGUGAGCUCUGACCAGUGGAGCAUCACUGCACUAGCAAUCAAGAAAUAUAUGAUCUCAGGUUGGCACUCGUGCUAGUCCUGUGCUAACUGGAAUGAAGGUCAUUUUAGCUAGGAACUCUUCGCUGUAUGACAGUUUUUUUUUUCUCCUGUGAAAUACGGAGUGUGAUUGUGCAGUUUUGAUUUAUAUUCUUGUGCUAUUUUCCUUUAAGCCUUUCACCUUCCAAUGACAAACUGGAAUGAGACUUUGGAAAUGUAAAUGCAGUGUCUUUACUUAGUCCCUUCA